AUGCCCGUCGCCAUGGCGUCCACCACCGUGUGCAUGAGGGUGGAGCUGUACGGCUGCCCCUGGGAGGACGGCCUGAUGUCCUACAGCGCCCCUGAGGGUCAGCUCAUGGUGCUGCCCGGCUACUCCUCCGUCAGCCUGAUGGACUCCACCUACGACGGCGUGCACGAGAGGAGGCGACUGACCGACGGCGUGACCGGCCAGGACAACUUCCUGGUGACCCGCCAGCACCCCCAGUUCCCCGUCCGGCCGGGCUACGGCUACCUGGGCUGGAGGAACGACUCCCAGGGGACGCAGGAGCACGUGGAGAUGGAGUUUCCCCGCCUCUCUGGGGCCUGGGAGGCGGAGCCUGUGGUGUUCAACACGGUGCUGGACGACAGGAACCCGAGCGCCCGCUACGUCACCGUGCCGCUGCACCGCCGCGCCGCCCGCUCGCUGCGCUGCCGCUUCCACUUCGCCGACGUCUGGAUGAUGUUCAGCGAGAUCUCCUUCCAGUCAGAGAAGCACUCAGCUAGCAGCCGAUUUCCUGCUCACACUGAAACCUUUUGGGUCCACAUCUGGGCAGCUGUUCCCUCAGCCAGCGCCCAGCCAGACGAGGGCAGCACGCCCGUCCUGAUUGGCUGCCUGGUGACCAUCAUCCUGCUGCUGGUCGUCAUCAUCUUCCUCAUCCUGUGGUGCCAGUGUGUCUGCAAGGUUCUGGAGAAGGCGCCCCGCCGCAUCCUGGGGGAGGAGGUGACGGUCCGGCUGUCGUCCUGCAGCGACACCAUCAUCCUGCAGACCCCCCCCGUGCCCCCCCGAGCUGGCCACGCCCCCACAGGCCCCCCCGACGGCGACCCCCACUAUGAGAGGGUGUUCCUGCUGGACCCCCAGUACCAGAACCCGGCCGUGCUGAGGAGCAAGCUGCCCGAGCUGUCGCAGAGCGCCGAGGCCUCAGCCCUCCUCCUCGGCAACCCUCUCUAUGACCUCCUCCUGCUGACUUCCUCCUGUGGGGGGGGCUACGCCGAGCCGGACGUGACCCAGUGCACCCCCCACCAGUGCUUCCACAGCAGCGCGCCGCACUACGCCGAGACGGACAUCGUGCGGCUGCAGGGCGUGACGGGCAGCAACAUGUACGCCGUGCCCGCCCUCACCGUGGACUCGCUCACCCGCAAGGACAUCUCCGCCGCCGAGUUCCCACGGCAACAGCUGCUCUUCAGGGAGAAGCUGGGGGAGGGGCAGUUUGGAGAGGUGCACCUGUGCGAGGCGGAGGGGCUCCCGGGGUUCCUGGGGGAGGGCUCCCCGCUCCCCGACAGGGACAGGCGCUCCGUCCUGGUGGCGGAGAUAAAGAUCAUGUCUCGUCUGGACGACCCCAACAUCAUCCGGCUGCUAUGUGUGUGCGUGUCGUCCGACCCGCUGUGCAUGGUGACCGAGUACAUGGAGAACGGAGACCUCAACAUGUUCCUGUCCCAGCGGGAGAUCGAGAGCACGCUCACGCAUGCCAACAACAUCCCUUCAGUCAGCCUGCCGGACCUCCUCCACAUGGCGGUGCAGAUCUCCUCGGGGAUGCGGUACCUGGCCUCCCUGAACUUCGUGCACCGGGACCUGGCCACCAGGAACUGCCUGGUGGACCGCCGCCUCACCAUCAAGAUCGCCGACUUCGGGAUGAGCCGGAACCUGUACAGCAGCGACUACUACCGCAUCCAGGGCCGCGCCGUGCUGCCCAUCCGCUGGAUGGCCUGGGAGAGCAUCCUGCUGAUCUUCACGCUGUGCAAGGAGCAGCCCUACAGCCUGCUGACCGACGAGCAGGUCAUCCAGAACACCGGAGAGUUCUUCAGGAACCAGGGCCGCCAGAUCUUCCUCUACGCCCCCCCCCCCCGCCCCCCCCCCCCCCUUCGAGCUCAUGAUGCGCUGCUGGAGCCGCAACAUCCCCGACAGGCCCUCCUUCGAGGGGCUGCACCGAGCCCUGAGGCCCCACGUCAGCCAGUGAGGCCCGGAGGCCCGGACCCAGGGGCCCGGGUCCGGAUCCAGAGGCCCGGGCCCAGAGGACUGAGUCCAGAGGCCAAGAUCCAGAGACCUGGGUCCAGAGACCUGGAUCCAGAAGCCUAG